AAGAUGAAGACCACGAAGAAAAUGGAGAUGAAAAUGGCGACGAAGAAAAUGUCUGCUAUGAAGGUGAAGAGCGCGGUCAACAAAAUGAGCGCUGCAAAGAUGAACACCAUGAAGAGCGGGCCGAAGCCCUCUCCUGUCUACAAGCCGAUGACACAAGCAAUUCCCGCUGGGAAGAUCGUCUCUGCCAAGUUCUCGGCUGCUGCCAAGGAGUCCGGGCGCGACAAGUACAGCCUCUUCGCCGUCGUCGAAGCCCGCAAGGCACUCGGAAUCACCGGCUUCGCCCCAGUCGGUGGCCCAACUCCCCAGGGCAAGAGGAUUCUGCAAAAGCUCCAGGAGAUCAUGGCUGAGAAAGAGGGCCGCUCGGCGUCCGCGAUGCAGAUGAAGGCCGCGAAGAUGAGCAACAUGAAGAAGAACAACAUGAAGAAAAUGUCCGGGAUAAAGAUGAAGACCGCUGCGAGGAAGAGCAACAUGAAGAAAAUGUCCGUGAUAAAGAUGAAGACCGCUCCUGCGAGGAAGAGCAACAUGAAGAAGAACAACAUGAAGAAAAUGUCCGUGAUAAAGAUGAAGACCGCUGCGAGGAAGAGCAACAGGAAGGAGAACAACAUGAAGAAAAUGUCCGUGAUGAAGAUGAAGACCGCCAAGGUUAGCAGGAUGAUGGCGAACAAAAUGAGCGCUGCGAAGAUGAACACCAUGGAGAGCGAGCGCGGGCCGAAGCCCCCUCCUGUCUACAAGCCGAUGACGCAAGCGAUUCCCGCUGGGAAGAUCGUCUCUCUCAGGAUGCCGGCUGCUGCCAAGGAGUCCGGGCGCGGCAACCACAUGCUUUCCUGGCUCGCCGCCCUCGCCGAGGCCCGCAAGGCACUCGGAAUCACCGGCUACGUCCGAAUCGGUGGCAAAACUCCUCAGGGCAAGAGGAUUCUGCAAAAGAUUCAGGAGAUCAUGGCUGAGAAAGAGGGCCGCCCGGCGUCCGCGAUUGUGGAUGAGGUGGAGAGCGAGAACACCAACAUCAAAAAGGAGACGGCGAAGAAGACGAGCACCGACAUGAAGACCCUUGGGGACGAGGAUGACAGCGGAGAGGACGAGCCCGCAUUUUCCGAAAGCAUGAUCAGCGAAGGCGAGCGACAGCGAUCGAUAUUGGAUCCUGUAUUCAAGGUCCUGCCGAGUGCACGACCAGGCCCCCCGGUCGUAUCAGUGGAGGCACCGUUAUCCCCGGCAAGGCCGGAUUUCGACGAGGUGCGAGCGCAGGCUCGUAAGGCGUAACUCCCAAGGGCAACGGCAAGAGGCUUAUGCAAAAGUAGAUUCAGGAGAUCGUGGCUGAGCGUGGGCUAAAUAUACCCAAGGAGUUAGCGCCCUUUGUUCUUCCACGGUCCGCCUCAUCAAUAUCACCAAGGACUGGCGCAUGAAAUGUAUCCAAGGACUGGCGCAUGAGGACUUCAAGUGCGCCAAUGGGAUUUUUUGGAUAUGAUCUGAGAUAUCGAAGUUUGAUAAAAGCUGGGCACAAACCACCUCAUGAUAGGGACAUUCAUUCAGAUGAUUUUUCUCCCUAAGUCAGAUGUAUUUGCGAACACCAAUGAUAAUAAUACUUAAUCAUAUAGAUAAAUGUUAGGAACAUUCUGGUUUUUUUAUUGAUCGUUGCUUGAGUGUGACUGUGAGUGAGUUACUAGAGUGGGUAUUACUUUGUAUUGUUUUCUUGCUAGGCAAAUUCAUUCAUUCAUUCAUUCAUUUCAAAGGCUUUUAAUUCUAUCCUAAAUAAGGGAGAGGCAUACGACAACGACUUGUAUUACUUAGCAUUUGUUGCCUUAUCAAAAACUAUCGAUUGGAGGUCGUCUUGGUCGUAUAUUUUUGACUUUGAUGUCAGUCUGUUGAGUAUUUGUGUCUAAGAAAAAAAUAUGGAGUUAUCUUCUAUCAAGAAAAGCAAAAAAUAUUAUUUGUAAUUCAUCAAAUAUGACAGGUGGUCGAUGAAUAUCUAUUCAACAUAAACCAAAUUGCAAAGGAUUUCGAAACUCGACCGAAGCAAAAAGAUUCGAAAUAUAUAGAGGACACAUCAAGGAGUGCAAGGGAUGAAGUCUAUAAAACAACAACCACCUCCAGUAUAGGUAAAAAAAUCAUCAUCAUCAUCGUCAUCAUCAUCAUCGUCCGCUCAUGCUCAUGGUCAUGCUAUAGUAGUUGUGGAAAAAAUCGAAAUUGAAUGAAAUAAUGAGAAUAGCAAGAGUGCCUUUUUUCUAGUUAGGUCCGCUCCACCAC